ACAAACAAUAUUAGCACAAACAGGUAUCUCACAUUCUGCCGUCCUAUUGACUCUCAUCAAUUUAAAUAACUGACGUCAGCAACAUUCCAUGUUUUAAAAGGUGAAGCACCAGGUAAGGCUGUCGCACAUCGAUAAGUUGUUGGACCUUCAUCGUUACUUACCUUCAACCGUCAGCAGCGAACAUGGACCUCAUUAAGGACGGAUGGUUUACGGAAUUAUCCUCUAUGUGGCCCGGCCAAGCAGCCAGCCUGGAGGUUGAUGAGCUCCUCUACCACAAGAAAUCCAAAUAUCAGGAUGUCAUGGCCUUCAGGAGCAAACAUUAUGGCAAUGUAUUGGUGCUGGAUGGAGUGAUCCAGUGCUCUGAGAGGGAUGAGUUUGCAUAUCAGGAGAUGAUGGCCAACCUUCCCCUCUACAGCCACCCCUGCCCCAAGAAGGUGCUGAUCAUUGGUGGAGGAGAUGGUGGAGUAGCAAGAGAAGUUGUCAGACACCCACUGGUGGAAGAGGUGGUUCAGUGUGAAAUAGAUGAGGAUGUUAUCAAUGUAGCAAAGGAGUUCCUCCCAGGGAUGGCCAAAGGGUUUUACAGUCCUAAGAUGACCCUGCAUGUCGGAGAUGGAUUUGAAUUCAUGUUGCAGAACCAGGAUUCCUUUGACGUCAUUAUAACAGAUUCCUCAGACCCCGUCGGACCUGCUGAGAGUCUGUUCCAGGAGCCUUACUAUCAACUUUUGAAGUCAGCAUUGAAAAGCGAUGGAGUUCUUUGUUCCCAAGGAGAGUGUCAGUGGCUUCAUUUGGAUCUGAUAAAGGAGAUGCGAACCUUCUGCAAGAAGCUUUUCCCUGUGGUGGACUAUGCCUACACCUGUGUCCCCAGUUAUUCCAGUGGCCAAAUUGGAUUCAUGCUGUGCAGUAAAGAUCCUGAAACCAAUUUCAAGAUACCAGAGGAGAUCCUGUCAAAUGAAGAGGUUGAAGACAUGGAGUUUAAAUAUUACAACUCUGAUGUUCACAAAGCAGCUUUUGUCCUGCCUGAGUUUGCAAGAAAGGCACUCAGUGAUGCAUGACCAGCAACAACAGCCCAACAUGUUCAAGAUGUACUCUGACCCACAGACCACUGAAAAACGGACAGGAGUCCUCAGCACAACUGAAGAGAGUAUACUUCCUCAUUCCACUCUUGCGUACUUGGGAUAUUAAAAGUAAUUUUUCCAGAUGUAUUUGGUUUUUGUUAUACUCUCUUUAGUCUCAUACCAGCAUAUUGUGUUGGUAGACUUUACAGUCUUGGCUGAGUCUGGAGGGAACUGCCAUGAAACCUGAUUGGAGUCACUGCACCUACACAACUACGUUAUACAUUAUAGAUUAUGUAUGUGUAAUCUAUUGGUGUACAUUUUGUUGAAGAGGAAAAUAAAGUUAUGCUCAGCUUUGAGCAUCAAUUAGA